GGCUGUUCUAAAAAAAUUGAUAAAAAAGUAGACAUUUUUUAAAUUGAAGUUAUUACUGACAUAUAUUUAAAACGACAAAGAGAAUAUGAUUUUGUCGCGCGGUAAAACUGAUUCAGCUAAUUCGCGCCAGGCAGCCAGUGCCUCACUCGCCAAGCGCUUACCCAACUCUUUGGAGGAUUUCAUUUUGAACCGUGACUACACCGGUGCGAGGGCAUUUCUUGAGUUUUCCAACGAAGAUGAAGACGACGAGCAGCGUUUGGUAACCGAGCAGUGGAUAGCCUUCUGCAGUUUCCAUUUGGGUGACUAUCAACAGGCGUUGCAACAAUACAAAAUCAUUCGUGACGCUGAACCUGCCACAGAUGACAUAGCGCUCAAUAUCGCCGUUUGCAUGUUUUAUUUGGGAAUGUAUGAGGAUGCGCAUCGAUUGAUGGAACAGACACCGAAUACGCCGUUAAAGCUGCGUUUACUCUUUCAUCUGGCGCAGAAGUUGGGCAAUGAUGCGCAGGUGACACAGCUGCAAGAUUCGUUGCAGGAAGAUGUGGAAGAUCAGUUGAGUCUCGCUUCAAUGCAUUACUUGCGCGCACACUACCAAGAUGCCAUUGAUAUAUACAAACGUUUGUUGUUGGAUAAUAAAGACUAUUUGGCCAUCAAUGUCUACUUGGCACUUUGCUUUUACAAGUUGGACUACUAUGACAUGUCGCAGGAGGUGUUGGACGUUUACUUGGCCAAACACAAGGAUAGCACCAUUGCCACAAAUCUGAAAGCUUGCAACCGUUUCAGGUUAUUUAAUGGACGUGUUGCCGAACAGGAGAUACAGAAUAUUGCAGAUAAUGGCACCUUUGGCGCAGAUUUGAUACGACACAACUUGGUAGUAUUUCGCAAUGGCGAGGGCGCAAUGCAAACUUUUCCAUCACUAUUGAAUAUCGUGCCAGAAGCGCGUCUCAAUUUGGCUAUUUACCAUCUGAAGAAUGGCAAUGUUCAGGAGGCACAUGCGUUGAUUAAAGGAAUGCAGCCCACUGUGCCGCACGAAUACAUACUGAAGGGUGUUGUGCAUGCCGCGCUGGGCCAACAGAUUGGUUCGAAGGAGCACAUAAAAACGGCUCAGCAGAAUUUACAUUUGGUUGGCAGUUCCGCUACGGAAUGUGAUACUAUACCCGGGCGCCAAAGUAUGGCCUCGGCUUUCUUUCUCUACGCACAGUUCGAAGAGGUCUUGGUUUAUAUGAAUUCCAUAAGAAGCUACUUUGUGAACGAUGACACAUUCAACUAUAAUUAUGCGCAAGCCAAAUGCGCCACCGGCUACUACAAGGAAGCCGAGGAGCUGCUCAUGCAAAUUACGGAUGUGGAUAUUAAGAAUCAUCAUGCCUACUGUAUGAUUGUAGCAAAAUGCCAUAUACAUGCGGGACGUCCUGGAUUGGCCUGGAAUGUUUUCACCACACGCGAUACAAACUCUGAAGCCUUUUUAUUACUCCAACUUAUAGCUAAUGAGUGCUACAAAUGUGAAGAAUUUUGGGUAGCCGCAAAGGCGUUCGAUAUGUUGGAAAAACUCGAUCCAAGCCCUGAAAAUUGGGAAGGCAAACGUGGUGCGUGCGCUGGCGUGAUCUACGCCUUGGCUUCGAAAGCCGAUAAGGGAUGCCCACCGAAUGGCGUUUCAGAUGUGAUUGGCUUGCUGCGUGAUUCUUCAAAUCCACAGGCAGAUAUGAUGGUAAAAGUUAUACGCAAACAUAUAAAUAGUUUGAAAUGA